AUGGGAAGACGCAGGAGCUGGUACCUGUGCGUCUCGGUCCUGUCACACCAAGGAAGCACCGAGCGCAUCCAGGACACAUCCAGGAAACACUCCCACACCACUACACAAGGAGUUACCGAAUGCCCCAUCGAUCGGGCCCGCGUCUCAUCCGCAUCUUCAUUGCCCACUGUCUUUGCGCCCUUCGUCCGGUCUUCUGAUACCAACCCAGGCGCCAGAUCACUGCACAACAUCGUCACACUCGACUACAAUAGCCAGAACGAGCGACUCGCCGCCCACUUCACGCCUCCAACGAGAACCAACGAGAACCAGGCCAUUGCACAACGCAGCAUUCUCCCGAAGAAGCGGCGUGGCGGCGUAGCUUUGGGGCUGAUGCGAGAUGCGAGCAAACAGCGAAAACAAACUGCGAUCGGCCACAGUCACUGCCUGAACCACUGCAAGGUAUCGUCAUCUGGAGUCACACAGAUCCCCCGGCCCGCCAUACCUUUGCCAGCUCAACUCGCCCCUCGGAGGUUUCAACGCCCACCAAUCCUGGGGAAACUGAAAGGGUACCUAGGUUGGCCUAACAUGCUCCCGUCAAUCAUUCUGUGUACGUCAAGUGCGCUGCUGCGCUUCCAGAAUAUCAUUGUCAAGCCGCAGAAAUCGUGUUUGCCAUUUGCUGUCGUUGCCGUCUACCGGCUCAUCUUCUCGGUCCUCGCCCGCGCGGGCCUUGACUCAGACGAUACAGCGGAAGAAGAAACGCCCCAGCCUCAGCGCGAAAUUGAUUUGUUGACCGUUCGCCGCAGCCACUCCGCCGCAGCCAUUGGAUCGCAUUCUGAGACGAGUGAGAUGGUAGACUUUGGAGAUCCCAGCGGGUCCAGUCUAUCAACGCAACGCUGGCGGACAUGCUGUCUGUCCACACAUCCUUCCGGCUGCCCUGGCUGCCUUAGCACGUCGAUCUCCACCUCAGGGCAUUGGUUCCAAACAGUCGUAGUCCUGUCUCGAAUCGCGGCUUGGUCAAUCGCUGCCUCCCUUUGCUGGCCCAGGCUUUGCAUGUAUCCCCGAGAGCGAGGCACAUCAGCUUACCAUGCCUCAGCUCUCGAGUCUAUCCUCUAUGGGUCGCUAUCUACCGCCUACAUCCCAAUGAUAGAAGAGAGCUAUUUGGGCGCACGACAUGAUGUUCGGAUACUAAUAGACGAGUGUGUAUGGACAUCCAUUUCAAUUUAUCGCAGCAAUCCACGCGGUACUGCCCUCUUCAAAGUUCAAAGCCCUCUUCAAGGUUAUGAUGAUCCAUUGAAUGAGCCCCGGUGCCCGCCACUAGCCUCAGUGAUCUGCAACCGUUUCCUGGUGUUUCCAAUUCGCAUAACCAAAACAUAUCGCCCUGACAGGAAACGCAUCACGUCUGCUACGGAAACUUUGUCUGAAGAUCUGGACAGCUCAAACCGUCUGAUUGCGACAAACGGUCUUGGUCUCCCAAGUCCUCCAUUUCGAGGGGCUAAUACGCAUGUGCCGCUGGCCAAUCACUCUGAAAUGUCAAGAUAUCUUCUUGCUCGCGCCGCCACGGGCCUGCCGCACCAUUACGAGAAUAAGAAGAAGAAAGGCAAGGAUCUGAAACGCAGCUGGUGGCUAUUUUGCACCCUGUUGAGUCGCACAAAAGCUACUGACAUAUCCAUGCCCAACGGACUGGACUGA